AGUUUCUCCCUGUUUCUGCCCCACACUCCAGUACAAUAGGUGUCGGUAAUGCACCAUAACGUUGGAUGCCAACCGCUGAUAAACCCCACCGAAGAAGAAGAAGACUUCCUGCCUUCUAGCUCAACGAUGUCGUCCUGUUUUGAGGUAUCUGCGUCGGUCAGUGAUGAACAGACUGAUAGUGCUGCAUCUCAGAAAAGAGAGGAGAGACUCCGAAAAUUCCGUGAACUGCAUUUCAAAAGGAAUGAAGCGCGCAAGCUCAAUCACAAGGAGGUUGUGGAGGAGGACAAAAGACUGAAGCUACCAACUAACUGGGAGGCUAAGAAAGCCCGUCUGGAGUGGGAACUUAUGACGGAUGAAAAGAAAAAGGAGUGUGCGGCCAAAGGGGAGGACUAUGACCGGGUGAAACUGCUGGAGAUCAGUGCUGAGGAUGCUGAGCGUUGGGAGAGAAAGAAGAAGAAAAAGAACCCUGAUCCAGGAUUCUCAGGUUACGCGGAGGCCCAGCUGCGACAGUACCAGCGCCUCACCAAGCAGAUCAAACCAGACAUGGACGGCUACGAGAGGCAGCGAGAGCAGUGUGGCGAGGACUUCCACCCCACAUCCAACAGCCUGAUCCAUGGGACCCACGUCCCAUCCAAGGAGGGCAUUGACCGCAUGGUGGACGAUGUGGAGAAACAGAUUGAGAAGCGGGCCAAAUACAGCCGGCGCAGGGCCUACAACGAUGACGCAGACAUCGACUACAUCAACGAGAGGAAUGCCAAGUUCAACAAGAAGGCAGAGCGGUUCUAUGGCAAAUACACAGCCGAGAUCAAGCAGAAUCUGGAGAGAGGCACAGCAGUCUAACUGGACUGGUCAUUCUAAUUGACGCUACCAUUUCCACUGCUUUGUUGUAACUGAAGGCCAUAAUUAGUCACUAUGGUUACAGGACCGUACAUAGAACAUAGAAACCCCAUUUCAGUUGGUGACAAUGCUUACGUAUCUGAGAUCUAAGUUUGUAUUUUGUCGCUGACAUUUCUUUAGAGGCAUUUUAUAACUAAAUAUGUUUUACUGUAUUGUUACUAAAACACUUUGAAUUACAUUUUUACAUUUUAGUCAUUUAGCAGACGCUCUUAUCCAGAGCGACUUACAGUUAGUGAGUGCAUACAUUUUUCAUACUGGCCCCCCGUGGGAAUCAAACCCACAACCCUGGCGUUGCAAGCGCCAUACUCUACCAACUGAGCUACACAGGACUACUUGAAUCAGGUGGAAUAGCUAACUCUGAGUACAACCUGAAUAUUCUUGUAACGCUAUUCCUGCCUUUCUGUCAGUGUUUAUGGUAUGUAUGAACACGCAUUUUGUUUAAAUAAAACUUCUUAAACGUU